AUGGCGCCUCUAGCAGAGACGGCCAACCAGGUCCACCAGAUCGCCAAGCGAGAUCGCUGUUUCUAUGAUACGUACGACAAUUACUACUGCUAUUCCGCCUGGUAUUAUUACGGCCGCUGGGUCCUACUAGGCAUUGCCAUUCUUUGCGUUUUCCUCUCGGUCUUCCUUAUGGCACGAAGAAACUCCCGCCGCCGCCGCGUCCAAGGUACGCAACCCAUGUACGGAACUGGCUGGAUGGCUCCCGCCCCUCCGCCCUACGCGCCGCCUCAGUAUUCCGCCCAGCCGCCGCCGGGCAGUCAAGGAGGGUACUACGCACCGAACAUGAAUGGCCAGAAGCAGCCGGACCUGAACGGCGGGUACUAUGGCAACCAGCAAGAAGGUGUCCAGCUCCAGCAGCCGGCGAGUGCAUACCACAGAGGUCCGGAUGAGCAGUUUGCCCCGCCUGAUGGGCCGCCGCCUAACCAGGCGCAACGGUUCCAGUAA